GCUGAAGAGAGACCGAGCAGGAGAGAGGGGGGGAAAGCUGUGUGGAGAGAAGACGUUCCCAGACCAGUCAGUGGCUUCAUGGAGUUCUGUACCUCUGAUCCGCCGCCAUGGAUUGCAAUCCGCGAUCACUUCUUUUCAUUUUACACCUUCUAAUCUCCUGCGUUGUCCCUGCUUUCUUCAUCAUCUACCCCCCCAAUGAAGUUAACCUGUUAGACUCUAAAGCAAGCCAAGGGGAACUGGGAUGGAUUUCCUACCCAUCACAUGGGUGGGAGGAGAUCAGUGGUGUGGACGAGCACUACACCCCCAUCAGGACCUUCCAGGUCUGCAACGUGAUGGAGUACAGCCAGAACAACUGGCUUCGCACCAACUGGAUCACUCGCCAGUCGGCGCAGAAGAUCUACGUGGAACUGAAGUUCACCUUGCGGGACUGCAACUCCAUCCCACUGGUCCUUGGCACAUGUAAGGAGACCUUUAACCUCCUCUACCUGGAGACAGACGAUGACCAAGGAAGCCAUUUCAGGGAGCAUCAGUUUCUGAAGAUUGACACCAUUGCUGCUGAUGAGAGCUUUACCCAAACAGACCUUGGAGAUCGCAUCCUGAAGCUCAACACUGAGGUGCGGGAGGUGGGCCCUUUGAGCAAGAAAGGUUUCUACCUGGCAUUCCAGGACGUGGGUGCCUGUGUGGCUUUAGUCUCAGUCAGAGUUUACUUUAAAAAGUGUCCACAAACUGUGAAGAAUUUGGCCUCCUUCCCUGACACUGUGCCCAUGGACUCCCAGUCCCUGGUUGAGGUCAAAGGCUUGUGUGUCAAUUACUCAAAAGAGGAGGAACCCCCACGAAUGUACUGUAGCACAGAGGGGGAGUGGCUCGUGCCUAUUGGGAAGUGUCUCUGUAACCCAGGAUACGAGGAGAGAAUCAGCACCUGCCAAAUGUGCAGGGCUGGAUUCUACAAAUCUACCCACGGCAACAUGGAGUGUUCAAAGUGUCCGCCUCAUAGCUUCUCCCACCAUGAGGGGUCAUUGCACUGUGGCUGUGAGAAAAAUUAUUUUCGGGCUGAAGGAGAUCCUGCCUCCAUGGCAUGUACACGACCUCCUUCUGCUCCCCGGAAUGUGAUCUCCUCCAUCAACGAGACCUCAGUUAUCCUGGACUGGAGCUGGCCGGAGGACACAGGAGGACGUAGGGAUAUCACUUUUAAUGUCCUCUGCAAACGCUGCCGGGGUGCUGCUGCCAAUGGGAGCACCAGUGGGACUCUGAAUUGUGAGCCUUGUCGAAGCAACGUCCGCUUUCUGCCAAGAGCGACUGGUCUCCAUAACACCACCGUGACAGUGGGUGACCUGUUGGCUCAUACUAAUUACACCUUCGAGAUUGAAGCACAGAAUGGCGUAUCAUCACUGGCACCCAAAAUGAGACAAUAUGCUGCUGUCACCAUUACCACCAAUCAAGCAGCUCCCUCUCCAGUAACAGUGAUCCGAAAAGAGAAGACAUCUCGAAACAGCGUCUCAUUGUCCUGGCAGGAACCAGACAGACCCAAUGGCAUCAUCCUGGACUAUGAGAUUAAAUACUACGAAAAGGAAGAACAGGAGACCAGCUAUACCAUUCUUCGAGCUCGGGGUUGUAAUGUGACUCUGAAUGGUCUGAAGCCCAACACAGCCUACCUGCUCCAGAUCAGAGCUCGCACUGCCGCUGGAUAUGGAGCCAGCAGCCCCAGCUUCCAGUUUGAAACCAGCCCUGACUCAGCCUUUUCAAUCUCCAGUGAGAACAGCCAGGUUGUCUUAAUUGCCAUUUCCUGUGCGGUGGCCAUCAUACUGCUCACCGUGCUGCUCUACAUCCUGAUUGGAAGGUUUUGUUGCCGCAGCAAAUCCAAACAUCCUGAUGAGAAAAGACUUCACUUUGGCAAUGGCCACUUGCGCCUGCCGGGAAUCAGGACUUAUGUGGAUCCCCACACAUAUGAAGACCCGAGCCAGGCUGUUCAUGAGUUUGCCAAGGAACUUGACGCCUCCUGCAUUGCUAUUGAUAAAGUCGUGGGAGCAGGUGAGUUUGGAGAAGUGUGCAGUGGUCGCCUAAAGCUGCCCAGCAAGAAGGAAAUCUGUGUGGCCAUCAAGACUCUUAAAGGAGGUUACACAGACAAGCAGAGGCGGGACUUCCUUGCAGAAGCAUCAAUCAUGGGACAGUUUGAUCACCCCAAUAUCAUCAGGCUGGAGGGUGUAGUGACACGCAGUAAGCCCGUUAUGAUUGUCACUGAGUACAUGGAGAAUGGAUCCCUCGAUAGCUUCCUAAGAAAACAUGAUGCCCAGUUUACAGGAAUCCAGCUGGUCGGCAUGCUGCGUGGUAUCGCCUCGGGCAUGAAAUAUUUGUCAGACAUGGGCUAUGUUCACAGAGACCUGGCAGCCCGAAACAUUCUGGUCAACAGCAAUCUGGUGUGCAAAGUGUCAGACUUUGGCUUGUCCAGAGUACUGGAGGACGACCCGGAGGCUGCGUACACCACCAGGGGAGGAAAAAUCCCCAUACGGUGGACAGCCCCAGAGGCAAUUGCCUACAGGAAGUUUACAUCAGCCAGCGAUGCUUGGAGUUAUGGCAUCGUUCUCUGGGAAGUGAUGUCAUAUGGAGAACGGCCAUACUGGGAGAUGUCCAAUCAGGAUGUAAUAAAAGCUGUAGAUGAGGGUUACCGCUUGCCACCACCCAUGGAUUGCCCUGCCACACUCUAUCAACUGAUGUUGGACUGCUGGCAGAAGGAGCGGAAUAACCGUCCGAAGUUUGACCAAAUUGUCAGCAUCCUUGACAAACUCAUUCGCAACCCCUGCAGCCUCAAAAUCACAGCCAACACUACGUCCAGACCAGCGAACUUGUUGUUGGACAGGAGCAGUGCAGAAGUUCCCUCAGUGGGGACGAUGGGUGACUGGAUGGAUGCCAUGAGGACCUUGCCUUGCAAGGAGGCCUUCUCAGGGGUCAGCUACAGCUCCUGUGACACCCUGGCCAAGACCUCUACAGAGGAUCUGAAAAAGGUUGGAGUGACUAUUGCAGGACCGCAAAAGAAGAUUGUGAGCAGCCUGAAAGCCCUAGAAUCCCAUACCAAGAAUGGUCCAGUACCUGUUUAAAAACAAUAACAAGAAAUGAAAACCACCAGAGACCUUUCUGUUGGUCUGUGUUUACACACACUAACACAGUGGCUACAUAUCUAAAUAAUAUGAAGAUGCAAAUGGAUGGAAAAAAAAAAAGAAAUGUCUCAUGUGAUGUCUUUCAUGCAUUGUUGAAAGCUUUCUAACAGAGAAGUGGGAAAGGGUUCAGAACUGACCUGCUACCUUGUAAGCUGACUGGCUCACCCCUCUCCCUACAAGCCCACAUUGAGAUGCCUUACUGACUAAUAGAGGGGGGAGAGAGAAAACAAAAGGUAAGGAGGUCAGAAAGACAUUAUGAGGAACGCAAGUCUGGUCGUUAAUGGAAAACAAAGCAGGGAGAGACAAAAUGCUGGAGCUGUCCUUGGCUAAUGCCGGCGUCUUCCAAAGGGAGGAGAACAGCUGAUAUGCCAUGUGUAGAAGAACAUGGCAGACAUCCACAGCUGACUUAUAUCAUCUGAAUUGAUGAAGUCUGAGGCUGGGAUAAGAGUUGCAGCUACCUACAUUCAGUACUCAGUCCAAGACAUGGCCAAACUCAUAUGGACUCACCUACUGUUUGACUCUGUAGCUCUAACAUAAAGCAUUUGCAUUCAGUAGACAUGCCACUAAAAGCAAUAAGGUUGUAAUCCAUCAAAUCCAUUCAUCGUGGUGAAGCCCUGGGUAUGUUACAUGUGUUAUGUAUUAAAUGCCGUGGUUUGAAGACCGAGUGGCCAUAAUACUGCACACCCAGAAUUUUCAUUAUUGUGACAUCUUUGUUCCAUGUGCUAAUGUUACGUACUAUUACCCACCACCUUCAUGUGGAAUCUCAGGAUGAGUAUAUCCUGUUUUUUUUUCUACAACAGGAAACCAGUGGAAAGCUGAGAUGGAAGGAAUUUAAUGACAUGAAGGUAAAGAGGAAAUACUUAGAGCAAAGCAAAUGCAAGGAGCCCAAAACAGAAAAAGUGAUCUGUUGGUUGCUGGUCAUUUCACCCUGUUUCAUUUCAUACCUUUGUAAUUGUGGUUGUUCAAAACCUAGUUGUUCUGGGUUCACAAUGGUAUUAUCUGUUGUUUGACUCUUUGCACCUAUCAUCCAUUAAGUAAUACUCACUUUUUUAUUUUAAAGUGAUCCCUUAUGACUUCACUUUAUAAUGGCACCCAACAGGAGAUUAGUCAGAGCUACUGUAGCUUGAUCAGGGGUUCAUCCGUAUGAUAAAUAAAUGGGAACGUGGUGUAGUACCAAUAUUUUUCUUAAAAUAUAAAGUUAAGAUGAAUUAUUCUGUAGAUUUCUACAGUUCUUGAGAAAGAGUUCUGUUACUCAUAAAAAUAUUACUAAAAAUACUGAUAAGCAAUAUUUUAAUUUUAUGGAUAAGAAAUGGUUUGUUUACAAGUAUGAACUGGAAGUAGAAAGAACUAAGUAGCAUUGCAUAGGAAAGAUAUGGGGUACAGAAUGGCAAAGGGGUGAACAGACCCGGAACCCAAUUGUCUCUAUGAAAUGUUUUUGUGAUGCAGAGUUGUUUUUAAACAUUACUUUGAGAUUAGGUUUCCUCUUUGGGAAAGACAAGUUUGGGCCAAGACUUCAAAACAGCUGAUAUUUUUUUUAUUUUUUUGGAUGGGCAAAGUAAGUAAGUAAACAAGGUGGUCAAUCUGAAGAUUUUACACAAUAACUCACUAAAUAAAGCCAUGUGAAAAGCUCUCUCUUUUUUAAAUUUUGGUUUCAAAUAAUUUGAACUACACUUAAAAAAAAAUAUAGAAAACUAACUUCGAACUAAUGAAUCUUGUUGUUUUCCGAGCAAAAAAAUAGAGUGCCUCCUGUAGUUGGUCUUGAUCAUGGUGGAUUCACCAAGAAAACAUUUAUUUUAGUUUAAUAUAAUAAAGUGUUUCUUGUGUUUUCUUUAGAAUAUAGCUCAAUCAUCAAUCGCCCCAGUCUGACUCAAUAUUAAAAUGUUCUGAUAACAUUGCAAUACAUCCAAUAAAUUAUUGCUUUCUGAAAUAGUAACUUGAUAUGCCACGUCCAUCAUGGGAUUUCCUAAAGGCACCUUAAAAUAUCUAUGUAAAUGGAGUACAUAUUAAACGAUGCUAGUCUUCUGCUUUGAUGUCACCCAGCUGGUCCCUCAGUGCAACACUUACCCAGUAUUUUUGAACUGGCACUUUGGUACUUUGUGCUCUUGAACGCGUGAUAUUUACAAUGAAGAUGCUGUCUUUAUGCCUCUUUAAGCACUUGGUACACAUUACUGUAGCACUUUGAAUGACAACGUUUUUGCCUUGGCUGUAGACUAAGCUUGAUUAAAGCACAGGGGUGCUGUUGGUGCUUUUGGGAAACCCAGCCCUGUUCAGUGUGUCAAUUCUGUCUUCCUUUACUUGGUCUACCUGUGGAUGCUGCUGUUGCUGAUAUGUGUUUGAAAUUAGCAUGUACAUAAUGUAAAACCAUCAUAAAGAAAGCAACUAGCACUCCAGAUCUCACUAUAUACAUGGCCAUCCAUUUUUUUGUACAAAUGUUUGUAUGUAUAAAUGAUUGAAUAAAAAUUGUGCAACAUUUUUAAUUAAAAUUGAGGAAAAAAAAUCAUCUGUAUUAUAUUUUAUCUUACUUUGAAUCAUACUUGUUAGUUUUUUUCUACAAUAAAAAGGCAAUUAUGAUUACAUUAUUUAUUUGUUAACAUUAUACAAUGCAUUGAUGAUUUUUGAGCAUAGAUUAAAUUAUGUGUCUGUGAUGUCUUGAUAUGAUUUUAACACAAACUUCAUAUACCUGAGACAUCUGAGAGAGCAAUAUUGUUACGGACCCUAUACAAAUCCCUAAUUUUAUGUCUAAAGACUGACAUGUGUGUCUGUGUGAGUUUGUCUGCAAAUGUAGAUGGCCUUGUCUACUAAUGUAAAAUGGUUUGUAGUGAAAACAUUUAUAUUUUUAUAAUAAAUAAUUCACAAAAUAUUUUCAAAAAAAAAAGAAUGAUUACACAAAUGCUCCUGUGCUUUAUUUCACAUACUCUAAAAAAAAAAAAAAAAGCAAAUUAAAAUAGAAAAAAAAAUCGUCUUCUUUUCUAGAAUGCUAUUCUUAACAACUGAUGAUUACUAUAAAACUCACAAAAUUCAGGCCCUGUCUCAUUGGGCUAAGGCAUCAAUAUCUGUUAGAAUGUGAUCCUCUGGGGUGUAUUAUAAAUGGAGCACUUUCCCCAUGUCCCAUAAUUAAACCAGAGAGUACCCCAACUGCUUUGAGGAUGUAUAAAACUUUUGUAAGGAAGUAACUGUGGUAGUUCAUUUAUGUGAUGUCAGCAUUUUAGGUCCUGAGAAUGUUACACUCCAGGUGUCAAUGUAGCAGCUUAUGGCAUCUAGCCCACAUUCAACCAAACAUGAAUUGGUCAUCAGAAAAUUGGAAGCAGGACUGUCCAUACUGGAUCAAUGCCAUGACCAGGGGCGCCUGUCGGAUAUUAUGGGGCACACACAAAACUAUCUCUGAACCUGACCCACAUGAGCACAUCCCCACCCCCAACACGCAUCAUGUGCAUGGCGCACAAAACCACACAAAUAAGCCACAGCAACAAAAACAGUGUAAGGUCCAACGCACAUAAUGCAACACAUACACACACACAGACUCAUUAGCCUGCACAGUCUACUUUUUUUUUUUUCCUUUUUUAAACAUAUUACACUAAAUGCUAAAGUCAGGAAAGCAAAGCGUACCCGUGUGAUAUGCAGAGGGAGGAGGAUGGAGAUUUCUAGACUCAGGUGGUGUGUCUGAGACUUCCAGAGGAGGAGGUGAAGCAACAAUGUUUGCUUGUUAUGGUCGGUCUAUGGAGAAGUACAGUGGCCCUGAGGUGCAAACCAGUGCAACAUUAAAGGAACUACUACAAAAUUAACAAAGCACAAUAACAAAUUACAAAAGGACUACAACAUUAACAAAGCACAAUUAUAAAUUACAAAAGGACUACAACAUUAAUGAAAGCACUACAACCCAGAAACCUACAUACAUACCUUAAGUAAUCUUACAGAUUUUGCAGAAACAUCCUGGCCCAGAAAUAAUACUUGUGGUGGCAGAAUUGCAGUUGGAUAACUGAGACAAAAUGAGACUUUGACUGCUUUUCACUGUGAAAUUAGAGUGUGGAGGGUGGGGGAUCAUGAUGAAUAUUUACACUAACAAGUUCCUCUUAGGAAUUAACAGAGCAAAAAAGAAAACCUGAAUAUGCUUAAAUGUAGAACCUUAUAAGUAUCUCACUUAUAGAAUGGUUCAACAUGUAUGAUGUUACCUUAGGAAAAAUAUUUUUUUCCAGACUAACUUUUAGAAGGCUCCAUAAAAUUAAGUCUCAUUUGUUUACAUUUCUUCAGUUUCAUUUACAUUCAUCUUCCACUAUAUAGAACAAAAACAAUAAUGCACCAAGAAUAAAAGUAUUAAUUUGCUAACUUCAAAUGGAUUUUAUAUAUCAACUUCCUCAUUCACAACAUGGGAAAGAAUGGCUUUGAUCAUUCUCUUUUGACUUUGUUCUUGAAUUUGAUGUACAAGAAUGUAAACGCCAACAGCACUGGCUGUUCGACAUGUAUUUAUGUUUUUAUUCCUUGCAAACAACGAUGGUGGGCUUGCAUAUGCUUCCUCUUGAAGAUCUGAGUGAGGUAUCCAUUAAACAGGUCUCCUGAUACACAGAUUCUACUCUUCCAUAUACUUAUUUAAAGACCCUUGUGCCAACGUUAGUGUUUUAUUCCAGUGUUGAUAGGAAAGUCUCUCACAGAUUUUGCAUUGAACAUACCAAGAACUCAAACAAAGCUUUUGACUGGUACAGUGCAUCUGGAAAGUAUUCACAGUGCUUCACAUUUUUCCACAUUUUACGAUGUUAAAGCCUUAUUUCUAAUUGCAUUAAACUAAUAUUUCCCUUAAAUUCUACACGCAAAUACCCCAUUAUGACGAUGUAAAAAAUGUUUGAGAUUUUUCAAAUUUAUAAAAAAUGGAAAACCCUGAAAUCACAUCUACAUAAUUUGUCAUGAAGCUCAAAUUUAAGCUUCUUCCACUAAUCUUCCUUGAGAUGUUUCUGCAGCUUAAAUUUUAGACAGAUUCUUAUAAGUGUGUCUUGCAAGAUAAAUAUGCUUUCACAACAAAUGAUUGAUUAUGAUGUGAAGAACAACCAUAUUGAAAUGCAAAGUUGGGCUAAUAAAUUCUGACUGGGGAUUGACUGAGUUUCUCCCACAGUGGGAAGUCAAAUUCCUAUUGAUUUUUUGGAGUAGGAGGUCAGAACUUUUGAGUCCCAACUCCAAACCCAGCUCACUUGUGCCUAAUUAUCUCCACCUGCGCUCUUCAGUAUAUAAGCCUCUCCCAGUCACAGCACUAGUGGCAAAUUAUCAGAACUGACAUGUAGAUGCACUAAGCCUUUUCAAGCCAAGUUAAAAGUAAGUCAACCUUUUUUUCUGUCAUCUGGACUCCUGCAUCUUUGCUGGCUUCUUGUCUGGUUAGGUUUUGCUAUUUCAUUUUGAACCUCAUCUGAUUUUUGACUCUUCUCUUUGUGCUGGAUUUUUAAGCCUGUUGAAGAGUGGUGGCCAUGUUACCAAACAUGGAUGAUUACUUCAAUCACAUCUCCUUUGGGAUUUCUCCUUCCCUUAUGCAAUAAUCUCAACAGGUCGGUCAUUCUCAUUCUGGGCAAGAUUUUGCUAAACUGUCAUGCCUUAGUCACUCACCUCGCUGUUCCAGAUCUCUAAACGGUUCCAGCAAUCCAAUGUCUAAAACUGCAAUAAUCUUUUUAAAUAAAGACUGUUAAACAG